ACGAUCAGAAGACAGAACAGAGUGAACUUCACACAGAGACACUCCGAGACUUUUCACUUUCACAUUUGCACUUUCACUUACAACAGCAUUUGUAAAAACAUUACAACUGCCACAAUGGUGAAGGCACUGAAAAACUUUUUCAACUUUUCCAAGAAAAAGGAAAGUUGUACUGGUGAAACCAGCAGCAGCAGCAGCGUCUCUGGGGGCUACGAGCUCAGGGACAGAGACCUGGGGAAGAUCCACAAGGCGGCAGCACAGAGGGAUUUGGUCAGAAUAGAAAAACUUCUUACCAAAAAGAGGCGACGCAUCAAUAAGCAGGAUAAGAAACAGAGAAGUGCUCUGCAUAUCGCGUGUGCUCUUGGAUACAACGACGUGGUACAGUUACUUUUAGGAGUAAAUGCAGAUCUGAACCUUCGCGAUGAUAAAAAUCAAUCGGCCUUAAUGAAGGCGGUGCAGGGAGGACAUUGGACCUGUGUCCACAUGCUCCUGCAGAACUGUGCAGAUCUCACCCUGCGGGACAGUGAGGGAGACACAGCGCUGCACAUGGCAGCGGGCACCUCGUGUGUGUCCAUAGCUCAACUGCUCCUGGAGCGCGGGGCUCAGAUAAAUGUCCUUAAUGGCCGUGGUCUUACCCCUCUGAGUGUGGCGCUCCGCCUGGACCACACUGACAUGGUGAAGUUUCUUCUAAAGAACGGAGCAGAUGCCAACGCCACUGAUGGUUCCAACAUAACUCCUUUAAUGUUGGCUGCUGGAGGCGGCCAGGACCACAUGCUGCCGCUGCUUUUAGCCAACGGUGCGGACGUCACUGUAGAUGAUUUCAGAGGAUGGACCGCUGAGGUCUACGCCGUGAAAAAGGGACACCAGAGGUGUGCUGAGCUCCUCAUCGCACACGCUAAACGCUCACGUGAUGGAGCUUCUAAACAGGAGGAUGAAGUGAAAGAGGAAGAGCGUGAACACUCCCUCAGCACUGCCUCCAGUAACAAGACAUUAGAGGCUUCAUCUGUGAACAAACUUGAAGACCAAAAGGAAAAGUUGAUAAAACAGGUGCUGGGUAAAUAUGAUUUUGACUGGGACUCUGACGACUCUUCUGAUGAAGACGAUGAGUCGUUCACAAAGAAUCUAAAGAAAAACAACGACCAGCAAACAUCUCCAUCUGCAGCAGGAGGAGCUUCUGUGGAGCUCAGCACCAUCACAUCUCUCCCUAAGGUCCUACCUUCUUGCAGAGUCCGGAAAUAUAAACCAUAUAUUCGAACUUUCACACCGAUGAGCCUGAUUGAAGAGGAGGAUGAAGAGGACGAGCCUGAGGAAGAGGACGAGCCUGAGGAAGAGGACGAGCCUGAGGAAGAGGACGAGCCUGAGGAAGAGGACGAGCCUGAGGAAGAGGACGAGCCUGAGGAAGAGGCUUUGAGACUGGGAUCAGAAGGUAUCAGUGAUGAGGGGUCGUCUUGUGACUUUGACUUCACAAACAGUCCUAAGAGGUACAGCCCCCAGCAAACAACUCCAUCUGAACCAGGACGAGCUUCUCUGGAGUUUGAGUUUGAACCAGGUCCUGGAGAGUCUCUCCCUGAGGUCUCCACCUCCAUCAAUGUCCCAUCGUCUGGGUCGAAUGGUUCCGCUGACUCGGACACAGAAGACCUGGAGAAAGUGGAUUUGAAAAAUGAUCUUCAGGAAAUUACAGAGACCAAGUCGACUCUGGAGCAGAAUCAUCUGGAGUUACAAAAUGAGGAGAGUCGUCAGAAUGAUACAAUGAUGUGCGACGAGUUUAAAGAAAAGCUUCAGAGGAAGGAGGAGCAGCUUGAACACGAGAGACAAGAAAAACUGAAGAUGGAAGUGAGACAACAAAAGCUGGAGCUCGAGAUGAAAACCAUGAUAGACAUGAUGAAACAGCAAGAGGAGGCCCACCGUGAGACUCUGAGGCUUCUGGAGCAGGAGCACAGUGCACGAGCUCUUCAGGAAGAACACCUCAUCUCACUGAGAGAAGAUCUUCAGCGCUCACAGGCAAACAGCAGCCUCAAAGAGACACGCCUUUUACAAGAAAACAAGGCCCUUAAAAAGCAACUGGAAGAAGCUCUCAGUGAAAUCAAAGUGAUAAGUGAAUCUCUGGAGCAGGAGCACAGUGCACGAGAAAAAGAGGCUCAGGAGGCGGCUAAGAGCAGGGCUCAUUUAGAGGAGUUGGUCUUAAAGCUCCAAAGUAAACCAUCUUUGGAAAACCAACUGAGCAGCAAGAAGCAGGAGCAGACUCCAGCUUCACUCACAGCCCCCAGUCACCGGGUUCUAUCAGAGCAAGAGGUGAAGAGCCUCUACAGUUUAAAACUGCAGGUGUUGGAGAAAGAGAAGGAAGAACUCUCCUCACAGAUAGAAACAUUCAAGAAGAAAGUGACAAACGCUGCGGUGGACAAGUUGGUGAUGGACGCUCGUCUGAAAUUAGAGACGUUCAGGAGCUCAGAGCUGAAGGCAGAAGUGCACAGGCUGCGCGCGUUAGUCACAAAGCUCAAGCAAAAGCACUAUUCAUGGCAGGAAGAAGGAAGUGCAGAGACACAAAUGGAGGCGGCGCACACAGAAGCGUCCUGGAGUGAUCCUCGUCUCCAGUAG